UUUGAGAGUGUGUGGAUGUAUUAGGGAAAGGAACGUUUGCGUGGGUAUUUGGGCUAUUUCAAGAAAAUUUUGUAAAUUAUUUGAACAAAUAUAUUUGUUUUACAACGCACUUUAUACAACCGAAAAGAUCUUCACGAUGGUUGCAACAAGCACACUCAACAGAAACUCGGAAUGCCUCUCUGAAUUCGCUGAUCAGGGAUAUGACCGGGCUUGUAUCGAUUAUGAAAUGGAGUUUUGGGAGAGAUGUUUGGCUGCACCCUACCUGGGUGCAGAAGUGUGCGAGGAACAUGCAUGUCAACAGCUUGCCCGGCUGCUGGAGGGCUGUCUGGCAAGGGCCAAGGCUAGCAAGCUGCAAUGUGCCCAUGUGCUUGUUCCAGAGACUCUCACCCGGCGGGUGGCCCGGGAUGUGCUCCGACUGGCUGCGGAGGAACCUUGUGGGUUAAGGGGCUGUGUGCUGGACGUACGUCUGGAGCUGGAGGAGCAGCAGCGGCGCUGCGAGAGACUUGAGCGCCUUGCUUGCGACGCAAGUGUGGUGCCAACCUUUGAAUUGACUCUGGUUUUUAAACAGGAUGGUGGUGGUUGGCCAAGCCUGCGUGAGUUUUUACGUAUAGGUACGUGUUUUCCACCUGGUACACGGCGGGCACUUAAACUGCGCCCUGGGUUUCGGCUGAUUAAGAAGAAACUGUACUCCUCGGCUGCUGGAACUGUAAUCGAGGAGUGCUGAAAAGGAUAUUUUGGAGAGGGCGGGAGGUGUUUAAGGGUACAAUGCACUGAUAACUUUAGUACAAUGAAUGUAAGCGUCUGCUGAGGUGCAGCUCAUGUUUUGUAGGCUUUUUUUUUACUAUUGAUAUUAGGGCUGUUUUGGUUUUGGGGGUGAUAUUGGAACAAAAUGGAGCGUUUUGUAAUAAUUGGUGUACUGUAGUUUUUGGAAGUAUUAGAGCAAGUGUUGUUCAUGUUGUGGCCUUGACUUUGUGCCAGCCUCAUCCAAAAAGAACACAAUUUUACGCUCGAGAGAAGGGUACACAAUGCGUUUUGUUUUUCCCUAUAAUUUUAUUUCACGUGUAAAUCCCUAAAUAAGAAGCGUUUUCAAAAUCCCCAGUUAACAUUGGCUGUUCAUGCUGUCGAAGAAGGCUUCACUUUAAAGGGGGCCAUAUUUCUGAAUAUAUUGUGCUUUAAAUGUCUGUCACCAUGUUUGUUUUUUUGGUUGUUGCACAAUUGUUUAUCUAGUGUUUGUCCUUUUGUGCUUGAGCUUUAUUUUAUCCUUGUUACUGAAUAAACUUGUAUAUUUUUGCCUGCUGUGCUUUUACGGCAGCUGAACAUUUUUCUUUACAAAAGUUCCUGUUGCAGGAAGUUGAAAAGCCUUGUCUAUUUGAAAAAUAAACUAUAUUUUCAAACAUCUUUGCAUAC